AUGAGACAAAUCCCAUUUAGUAGGUUUUUAUUUUCAAGACAGUUUUUAUUUAAAAACAAUUUAAAUACUUCAGUAAAUAUAGACAUUAAUCGUUAUUUGAGCGAAAGAGUGAUAAAUCGGCUAUUUGCCGUUGUUUCUAUUAAUGGACAACAGUAUAAAGUUACUAAUGAAGAUAUUCUAGUCAUAAGAUAUCCUUGGGGUCCUACUGCUGGCGAUAAAAUUCGUUUAGAAAAAGUACUUUUAGUGGGAUCAUCUGAUUUUACUUUAAUAGGAAGACCUCUGCUUCUGAUGGAUCAAGUUUGUGUUUUAGCCACUAUUAUUGAAAACACAUUUACUCAUGCUUAUCCAUUAUUUUUAUUUAGAAAAAGAAAAAACAGAAUGAAGCUUAAUUUUAAAAAAGAUCAAUUGACUUAUUUAAGAAUAACAGAUAUAAUACUAACUCAAAAAGUAAAUGAAAAUACAGAUACAGAUGGGUUUAAAAACAGAAUAUUUUAA